AUGCCUCCCACGACCCUCGGCACCACCACUCUCUCCAACUCCGACGCCGCCGCUCUGUCCAUGCGAACCACAAACUCCCACGGCACCCAUGCCAUCCGCAUCAAGACGAUCGGCAGCGAUCUCAAAUCCGGCUUUCCCUACCCCGACGCCUUGUUCGACCUGCACGUGCAUCCCGAGAAGUGGGCCGCGUUCACGCAGCAGGUCAUCGAUGCCACAAAGCUCAGCGCGAGCGAUCAGGGGAGACUAUGGGCUUCUGCUGCGGCUGUUGCAUUGACCGGGAUGCUUGGGACGUCGGUUCUAGUCGGCAGGACCCUCAACCGCUCGCUGCAAGAGAAGAAAGUCAAAGCCGGCCUGCUGGACAUGUCCGACGGCGGACUGGGGGAGGCGCUACAGCUGUGGAACGACGAGUACUUCAGGCCGCGCGGAUUGUAUGUGCACCUGGAGCUUAGCGAGUCGGCGAUGAAGCACCCGGAUCAGAAGAGCACUACGUUGCGGAAAGGGGUGUUGCUAUAUUCCAGCAGGGAGGAUCGGGACCGGAAGCGGGAGGAGAGGAAGUUUGUCAUUGUCGUCACGAAGUUGGACGAGGAUGGGAAGCCGAGGGAGGCGUUGAGGGAGUUGGAGCUAGCGGAGCAAGAAAAGGAGGACGGUAGCGAUGAGGAGCUGGUCGAAAGACGCCAAGAGCUCGACGCAUCUGGUCUGGUGGAAAUCGGGAGCAGUGAUGUACUUGAAAAUCCACACGCGGCAGAACUUCCUGGAGAUACUGUUCUACCGCCCGUGGAGUUGGCCGCCAACGAGCCGUGGUUGAUCGACAAGGCCCCCUUACCACCAAGCGACUACGUGGAGGUGGAAGGCGACAACACCUUCCUGCUCGAAAAGACGCACCUGCGGGAUGACGAUGCAUCCAAUGCGUACGAAGAACGCAUCAUAAAUUCGCAUCACGUCGUCAGAGGCGAGGAUUUGGAGCCGGAGGCGCGUCUUAAUGCACAGCGACAGAAUGAAGCGCCACCGGCUCCGCGGAUGGCAGAACAAGAGCACGUUACAUAA